AUGUACAUGUCCUUGCACGAGCAGGAACUAUGUCGACAGCUGCGCGAACUACCACGACGACACAACUACCGGUUCGAGCUGGCUGCUGACCGAGAGCUGCGCGAAAUCCUCUUCCGUUCCCUCGCUGGCCGCGACGACUUGUUAUCCUACUUCUUCCCUAAUGGACUCCCGACGGACGAGGAGAAGCCAUGGAGCCUGCGCGACGCCCAGGGUGCAGUAGAGGGUGCAGAGUAUACGGCGGCGGCAAGAGGAAAGCCUUGUGGACACAUAUUCAAGAAUGGCGAGGCUACAUAUCGGUGUAAGACCUGCAGUGCAGACGACACUUGCGUGCUAUGCGCCCGCUGCUUCGAUGCAUCCGAUCAUGAGGGACACCAGGUCUUUGUCAGUGUGUCGCCAGGAAACUCUGGCUGCUGCGACUGUGGAGACGACGAGGCCUGGAUACGACCAGUCCACUGCAACAUACACUCGAUAGACCCUGAGCGCGAGUCCAAGGCGGCAGGCAAGGCAAGGCAAGGUUCCAUGCUGCCGGAUGAACUCGCAGAAACCAUCCGCACCACCAUCGCACGAACACUCGACUACCUCAUCGACGUCUUUUCCUGCUCACCGGAGCAAUUGCGCCUGCUCAAGACCGAAGAGUCCAUCCGCCAGGACGAGCGCAACUCGCGCCUUACCUCCCGAUGGUACGAGGCGGGAGACGAGUCAGAGGCGUGCGAUGAGUUCUGUCUCGUGCUGUGGAACGAUGAGAAGCAUACGGUCAACGACGUCCGGGACCAGGUCGCUCGCGCGUGCAAACAAAAACUCGCCUUUGGCCUAGCAAAGGCCUACGAGAUCAACGACGUGGGGCGCAGUGCCAUUGUCUAUCGGACGGACUUGAACGACCUCCUUCGCAUGGCCAAGAUCAUCGAGGAGAUCAAGCUCACUGUAACCAUCCGAUCCGCGAGGGACACUUUCCGAGAACAGAUGGGCGGUGUCCUGAUCGAGUGGAUACAGGAUAUUGCAGGCUGCAGCGUUGGAGAGGACAACCAGAUACUCCGCCGUACCGUUUGUGAGGAACUCCUGAAGCCAUGGCGUAUUGGUAGUGAGGCGUCAAACCAAGGCAUUGGCAAGAACGGUCUUGACGAUCACGAGAUGGAGGACAAGGAAGCUGAGAUGGACGGCUUCUUCAACGGCAUGCUAUUACAGCGACGAGCUCGUAUCAUACGGGUCCAGCGACAGCGAACCACCGAUACCAACGAUGACACCACUGCCUCGGAUGACGACGAUGAUGACGAGGGCGGACCUGCAGCCGAAACCCAGGAUGAUAUGGAUAUCGACGAGGUCGGUGCUCAAGACAACGAUGGUGACGUGGAAAUGGGAGCGUACGAAAGCGCAGAUGAGGCGCUCGAAGUGUCUGAAGCGACCAUGGCAGGCUACCCUGCUCCUCCUCCACCGCCGCCGCCAGCACCUCAACAUCUACAACGAGGUCAGCUUGAACAGAGUGUUACACCAGCCGAGUCAGAUAGUGAGCCUAUGGUUGGCGCGCCGUCUCUCAGUCAUGUCGAGCCAAUGCUACCAGUGCCCGAGACACCUCACACUCGUUCAUUACCAUUGCGGCCAGCACGGCCAGCCAGAUACUGGUUAGAGAAGCCUGAGAGUUACGGUAAGAAGCCCGGAACCCCACCUCAUGAAGAUCUCUGGCAACGUUUGAGACUCGAUCACCUGAUAUUGUAUGAUUUGCGUAUGUGGAAGCAACUGCGUAUCGGUAUACGCGAUGUCUUCAUCAGUACCGUGGUCACGAUUCCUGAGUUCAAGCGCCUCUUGGGUCUACGAUUUGCCGGCGUCUACACUGCUCUGGCACAGCUCUACCUCAUUGCCGAUCGUGAGCCUGAUCACUCCAUCAUCAACCUUUCUCUGCAGAUGUUGACCACUCCAUCGAUUACCUCCGAGGUUGUUGAACGUGGCAAUUUUCUGACAAACCUUAUGGCUAUUCUCUACACCUUCUUGACCACCCGCCAGGUGGGCUAUCCUUCAAAUGUCGACCCCAAAGCGACACUAGCUUUCGAGCAAGGAGCUGUGACUAAUCGUCGAAUGUAUCACUUCUUCCUCGAUAUGAAGUACCUACUGGGCUCCGAGUUUGUUCAAGAGAGGAUUCGCGAAGAGCCACGUUAUCUGCUACAGUUCCUAGACCUUGUAAAGCUCCAUCAAGGUAUCUGUCCCAAUGUUCGCCAAGUAGGCGAGCAUCUCGAAUUUGAAUCCGAGGCCUGGAUCAGUGCUUCUCUAAUUACCCGAGAAAUCAACAAGCUGUGUAGACACUUUGCAGAGUCUUUCGCCUGGAGACGCGACGAGGAUCCAACAAAUAUCCAACGCGCUAUACGUGCAGCCGCCAGGGUAGCCAUCAUUAAUUCUCUAGGCGCUGAACGCAGACGUUUUGACCAGACCGAGCUCAAAGAAGAGACCAAGUUCAAGACGUCACCCGUCUUUGAAUUUGACGCCGAAAGUUCUACCUUUUUUGGUCCGUCCUACAAGAUUGUCGAUUAUGUUGUCGCGGCACAGCCAAUGAGCUUCCAUCACGCUCUCCAUUACACUCUGUCCUGGCUUAUCGAUCGAGCACGAAGCAUGGAUCGAGAGGAUAUCAAGCGGUUACUCUUGUUCUCUCCCAACGAACUACAAAUGGACCUUGCUCUAUCUAUUCCUGUGCAUCAACCCGAAGAUUAUUUACUGGCAUUGUUCGAUUUUCCGCUCCGGGUCUGCUCAUGGCUAGCUCAGAUGCGUGCAGGCAUUUGGGUCCGAAACGGCAUCACUCUACGACAUCAGAUGACGCAGUAUCGCAGUGUAUCACAGAGAGACGUUUCGCACCAGCGAGACAUCUUCCUCUUGCAGUCCGCUCUUGUGUUAUGCGAUCCGUCAAUCUUCUUAGCAUCGAUGAUUGACCGAUUCGGAUUGAACGGCUGGAUGACUGGCAAAUACGAAGCUAGCCAACAUGGAUUCGAAGAUAGUCAGGCUAUCGAUGUAGUUGAAGACUUUGUACACCUACUGAUCAUCAUUCUCAGUGAGCGCACAUCAUUGAUCCCUGCGGAGGAUAACGACGAAUCUCAACUAGCAUCAAUGCGCAAAGACAUCGCUCAUGUGCUGUGCUUCAAGCCACUUUCUUUCUCUGACAUGACUGCACGUCUGUCAGACCGAAUUCAAAACAUGGACGAGUUUCCUGCUGUCUUGUCCGAAAUGACCAAAUUCCGUGCUCCGGAGGGCUUGUCAGACAGCGGGACGUUUGAAUUGAAGGAACAGUACAUUGAUCUUGUAGAUCCUUAUCUUCAUCAAUACAACCGCAACCAAAGGGAGGAAGCAGAGAACAUAUACAAGACCUACAUGGCCAAGAAAACCGGAAAGCAAGCUAGCGACAUCGUCUAUGAGCCGAAGCUCCGCCAAAUCCCCUCAGGCCUGUUCCAAGAUUUGUCGGCAUUCACCCGAACGCCGCUCUUUACUCAAGUGAUAUACUACUUGUUGGGCUAUGGUUUGAGAGCAGCAGCAGCGACACCAGGCAUUCCAGCCACUCGCGUCGAAACCUACAUCCAAUUUGUCCUACAACUUCUCCUUGUUGCUAUUCUUGAGGACAAAACAGGGGAGCAUGGAUGGUCCGAAAAGACACCUGAUUCUUUUGUCACUUCAGUCUUGACUAGAAACGCAAGCAUAGGCAUAUCAGGCCAUCCGACUGUUCUAUCAAUCUUGAAGACCUUACAAGAUGCCGAAGCUUUCAAAUCAUGUGAACCGAAAAUAAGUCUGAUCCUUCAUAGGCUCAAGCAACGCCAACAAGACUCUUUCAUUAUCGCAGCGGCAGCAAUCAACAUGCCGGCUGAUAGGAUGGAUACUGCCUCACCUGCACCGCAAGAUAAAGAGCACAAGGAGCUCAAGAAGAAGCAGGCACUUGAUCGACAGGCAAAGGUUAUGGCAGCUUUCAAAGAACAGCAGGGAAAGUUCUUGGCUAACCAGGAGUUUGAUUGGGGCGAAGACGACUUCAGCGAUCUAGAAGAUGAGACAGGUGGACUCGUUGAACAGGAAAAGACUCUCAAAUAUCCCUCGGGCACGUGUAUUUUGUGUCAGGAAGAUUGCAACGAACAAAGACUAUACGGUUCGUUCGGAUACAUUUCCGAAAGCAGGAUCAUGCGGCAAACUCCUCUGCACGAUGAGGAGUGGGUGGACGAAAUCGUACAAACGCCGAGCAGUCUUGACCGGUCAGCUGAAGAUAUGCGACCUUUCGGCGUGGCUGGAAGGAACCGUCGCACUGUGGAGAAGGUCACCGCAUCAGGCGAGCGCGUCACCAGUGAACGUCAAGAAUUGGGAAAAGGAUUUCCUCCUCUUUCCGUGACGCCUGGUCCGGUAACUACUGGAUGCGGACACAUCAUGCAUUUUGCGUGCUUUGAAGUGUACCUGAAUGCUACCCAGAGACGCCACGUCAGUCAAAUUGCGCGAAAUCACCCUGAGCGGCCCGAGUUGAAGGAAUUCAUGUGUCCACUCUGCAAAGCUCUUGGUAACAUCUUCUUGCCAAUCAUUUGGAAAGCAAAGAAGGUCUCUAGCACGGGCGUUCUUGAAACGAAACAACCUUUCGAGGAGUGGCUAGAAUCGCAACUAGUUGCGAUCCACAAGAGCCUUGAAAAAGGUUUAAAGGCCCCUGCGGACUUAUCUCAUGAUCAGAAGAUGCUCUAUGAAUAUGCGGAACGAGACUUUAUCCAGCCUAUAUCUAGUCGCUUGCCUGAUCUGCUCAAGCCAUCGCUACCUUCAACUGGCCUUGCUCUAUCCCAACCAGGACAGCUCGCACCUCGGUUCCAGGUCCCGGCGUUCUUAGGUGUACAGCCUCCGGAGGUCGCCGAAGCUGGAUUAGGGUCCUCUCAGAACAGCCCAGCUUUGACGCAAGAUGUUCCAAUGGGAGAACUGAUCAAGAUAUACCAUAGGUUGAGAGAGACGUUGAAGGUCAACAACGUUCACUCCUCGUUUGCGUAUGCGCAUACACCCGCCAUGACGAACGAUUUCACACAUACAGAUGCGCUUGCUCAGGCUCUUGGUUAUUCUAUUACUGCCGCCGAGAUCGCGCAGCGAGGUGUGCAAUCUGAGUCGGUGCGUGGUACUCUGAUCGAUAAGAUCUCUCCACAAGCCGUGACCCAUCUCCGCGUGUUUUCUGAGACAGUCUCUUCGUACAUUGCCAUCGGAAGCUUGCGAGGCCAGGGCCCAAAUAAGACUAUGGAUGAGUUUUCAGAGACCCAGCGUCGUCAAUUCCGCCAGCUAUUAGUUGGACAUCCAGGUAUCUCUGAUCCAGAAGUGUUGAGCUUCGACCUGAAAGGUAUCGCACCGCUACUGUGCCAAGACCCGUUCAUCUUCCUCUCAGAAUGCGCUGUUGGAGUUGUGCCAGCCACCAAUCUCGACAUCCAUCAUAUUAUGCGACUCUGUUACCUUGCUGAGAUCGUCCGAGUAGUCUUCGUCUUCGCGCUCGGUGUGAAGAACCAGUCGGCUGAGGAUAUGUCGAAUCGAGAACUUCUCUUUCCCCAUCCGGAACAGUUCAUCAACACAAAUGUAGUCGCUACCGGCAUGUCUGAAGAACAGAUGAGCAAUUUACUUUGCUUUGUCUGCGUGAUCUCCAACGUCACUAGUCAGGGCGACUCUCCCGCCUCAUUUGACAUCAACAACCUGCCCAUUCCAGAUCGUUACAAGGACCCCAACUUCCUUUACUUCAUACAUACUAUGGUCUCGACGUACGCUCUACCGUUCGUCCGCAAAGCCGCUAUCCUCAUGCACGUGCGAUACGGUGUCGACCUUCCACAUGUCGCCGCCGAACGCGCCGACGAGCCUGAACUUGCGCGCCUUUCUUCGAUCCUCCGGCUGCCAUCACUCUCCGAAAUAUUCGCAUCCUUCGCAGCGCCUACAUCGGCAGGCAACACAACACGCUCUAUCGUCGGAGGCUGGAUCCGACAUCUCCUCUGGGCACAAGCAGGCAAUAAUCCACUCAAGCCGACCGUAUCACUGUCGCAUCCAGCAAUCUUUGAACUUGUCGGCCUACCAAAGAACUAUGAUACCCUGACUGAUGAGGCAAUACGUCGCCGCUGCCCGACAACAGGCAAGGAAUUGACCGACCCUGCGCUCUGUCUCUUCUGCGGUGAGAUCAUGUGUAGUCAAGCCGUAUGCUGCAUGACCAACAAGAAUCGUGGAGGAUGUAAUCAACACUUAGCCAAAUGCGGCGGCCAGAUCGGCCUCUUUAUACAUAUCCGCAAAUGCAUGAUUCUCUUCCUCAACCUUGACCACGGUACCUGGCAUGUCGCUCCUUACCUCGAUAAGCAUGGUGAGGUCGACCCAGCGUUACGCCGCCAUCACCAACUGUUCCUGAACCAGAAGCGGUACGAUGCGCUGCUAAGGAAAGUCUGGCUUGAGGGCGGUGUGCAGAGUCUCAUUGCUAGGAGGCUGGAGGGUGACGUGAAUAAUGGAGGGUGGGAGAGUUUGUAG